GGAGACCUCUGAAUUGACGAGUCAAUUCUCUCACCGAGGUCCUGGUGCCCGAGGGGAUUCGCGAUCCCAUCCCAAUUCACAACGCACCGUCGUCUACUCGUCUCCCACAACACGGUCCACUAACCCUAGCGACAGCCUCGGCUCGUUUGAUCCCCGCGGGGAGCUCUAGUUCCGCCAAGCGUGCGUACCGGCGUCCGGAUCCGGGACCGAAGAUGACGGAGUCCCUGGUGCGGAACAAGCCGGGGAUGGCCAGCAUCAAGGAGAUGCCGGUGGUGCAGGACGGGCCGCCGCCGGGCGGUUUCGCGCCCGUGCGCUUCGCCCGCCGGAUCCCCACCUCGGGGCCCAGCGCCACCGCCAUCUUCCUCACCACCUUCGGUGCUUUCGCAUAUGGCAUGUACCAGGUCGGCCAGGGGAACAAGGUCCGCCGGGCGCUCAAAGAAGAGAAAAUUGCUGCUCGCAGUGCUAUACUGCCGAUGCUCCAAGCAGAAGAGGAUGAAAGAUUUGUCAAAGAGUGGAAGAAGUGUCUUGAGGAGGAGGCGAGGAUCAUGAAAGACGUUCCAGGGUGGAAGGUCGGCGAGAGCGUGUACAACUCUGGGAAAUGGAUGCCCCCGGCUACUGGUGAGCUCCGCCCUGAGGUUUGGUAAGGGCCUGUUGCAGGCACUGAAUGCCAUCAUGUCACGGGGGCACGGAUAAAGCUUCAUUUUUCAUUAAGGAUCAGCUGUUUAAAGACCUGUAUUUGUUGUACUUGAAAUCUGGCUGGUUAAUAAUUGGACAUGUAAAGCCGACGUUUACAUUGAUGUAACGUGUUCUUGUCUGCUAUUGCUUCCCAGCCUCUGGUGUUUCUUCCUGUAAGUCAUUCCGAACAUGAAUCCUUGUUAUUGAAGAAAGUAUGAAAUA